GGACAAACACUCUUGAAAUCCUAGUAGAAAUAGAGACGUUGUUAUUCCUUAGGUGUUUUUACAUUGCCGGCCUCUCUCUCUCUCUCUAAAAGACAGAGUGGUUCCACAUAACUCAAAAACAAUUCUUCUUUCUUUCAUAUCUCUCUCUUUUCAUGUUCUGAUUCCAAACUAACUCUCAAAAUUCUUUAAAAUCUCCCAUUUUUAGGCCCAAAACUUUCGAAGAUAUAAUCUUUUUUGUAUUUUUUGGGGACCCUUUUGAGUAUUUGUUUGUUUUGUGUUGGAAUUGUGUGAAUUCAAAGGGGAAAAAAAAGAGAUGGUUGUGAAGAUGAUGAAGUGGAGGCCAUGGCCACCAUUAUCGUCAAAGAAAUUUGAGGCCAAGAUCACAGUUAACUGUCUUAAAGGUCUAAACUUUUCACCUGAUUUUCAAAGAUUGGCUGUUGAAAUAAAAUGGAAAGGUUCAAAGGGUAAUAAUUCUUUGAGUUUGAGUUCUCUAAAGAGGAAAAGUGUAAAGAAGAAUUUUACAAAGGAAGAGUCUUUGAAAGAUGAUGAUGGUGUUGUUCAUUGGAAUGAGGAGUUUCAGAGCCUAUGCAAUUUUUCUCUAUCCAAAGAGACUGAAUUUCAUCCUUGGGAGGUUUCUUUUAGUGUGUUUAAUGUUACAAAUAGAAGAACAAACCAUAAAGUCCCCAUAGUUGCUGCGGCGUCAUUGAACAUUGCAGAAUUUGCUUCAGCAGCUAGGGAGAAAGAAGAAGAAAUUGAAAUAGUCAUUCCCUUGGAAGCUUAUAGUGGCAGCAGUAAGAGCAACCUCUCACUUUGUUUGUCUCUCAAUCUUGUUGAAUUGAGUAAUGCUCAUGAAGCCUCAGAAACAUUGCCAAAGUUUGUCAUGUCUGCUCCAGUAUCUCCUUCCCCUGCAGAGGUUUUGUCGACAGACAGAAAUGAGAUUUCUGCUUUGAAAGCAGGUCUGCAGAAAGUUAAACUUUUCAAGGGAUUAUCUACUAUGCGGCGAAAGAAGGUGUUGCAUGAAGAGGAGGGCAGUGAUGGAAGGAACUCGGUUAAAAGUGAUGACACUGAUCUCACUUACCCAGUUGACACAGAUUCAUUUGGUGAUUCAGAAGAAGCUGAAUCGGAGGAAGUAAAAGAGGAUACGACACUGCAGAAGUCUUUCAGUUAUGGAACACUUGCAUAUGCAAACCAUGCCGGUGGAUCAUAUUACUCAAACACAAGUGGCAGUGAAGAUGAGGAUUUGGUCUACUAUAGCCAUCACAAAUCUGAUGCAGGGCAUGCGUACACUGAGGAUGCAACUGGAGCAAGACCUAAUCAAUUAUCACAGCAGAGUUCAAAACACAGAAUUCUCCCUUGGAAGAAGAGAAAGUUAAGCUUCAGAUCUCCGAAAACCAAGGGGGAGCCGUUGUUGAAGAAAUAUUAUGGAGAGGAAGGUGGGGAUGAUAUAGAUUUUGAUCGCCGACAACUUAGUUCCUCUGAUGAGUCUUCUUCAGGGUGGAGUAAAUCUGAAGAAGGUUCAACUGCAAAUAGAUUUGCAGUCUCCGAGUUUGGAGAUGACAGUUUUGCUGUUGGUAGUUGGGAGCAAAAAGAGAUAGUAAGCCGUGAUGGGCAGAUGAAGCUGCAGACUGGCGUCUUCUUUGCUUCAAUUGAUCAACGAAAUGAACGAGCUGCGGGUGAAAGUGCUUGCACAGCCUUGGUUGCGGUCAUUGCCGAUUGGUUUCAUUCCAAUCCGGAAGAAAUGCCGAUCAAGUCCCAACUUGACAGUCUUAUCCGUGAAGGUUCACUAGAGUGGAGGAAUCUCUGUGAAAACGAGACGUACAGGGAGCGUUUCCCGGAUAAGCAUUUUGAUCUCGAAACAGUGGUCCAGGCUAAAGUACGCCCGCUCUCAGUAGUCCCAGAAAAGUCGUUCAUCGGUUUCUUUCUUCCGGAAGGAAUUGAAGACGAGGGAUUCGGUUUUCUCAAAGGUGCCAUGUCCUUUGACAACAUCUGGGAUGAGAUUUCUAAAUCUGUUCAAGACAAUGCUAGUCAUGGCGAGUCCUUCGUUUACAUUGUGAGUUGGAAUGACCACUUCUUCAUCCUCAAGGUCGAACAAGAUGCAUACUAUAUCAUCGACACUUUGGGCGAGAGGCUUUAUGAGGGCUGCAACCAGGCUUUCAUCCUCAAAUUUGACAGAGAUACUAGAAUUUUGCAGAUACCUAGCGCGAGUCAACAAUCAGAUGAUAAACCGGCCAGCAGUAAAAAGGAGCAACCUGAUAUGAAGGAGGCUACUACUAAUGAAGGAAAAAUCAUAGUCACCACAAAUAACCCCAAUGAGAAGACCGGAGAAUCAGCCAUCAUCUGUAGCGACAAAGCACCUGAAAACGAGGAGUCCACCAUUGUUUGUAAAGGUAAAGAGGCGUGUAAAGAGUACAUUAAGAGUUUUUUGGCGGCAAUCCCCAUUAGGGAAUUAGAAGUUGAUGUGAAAAAGGGGUUGAUGGCAUCUACACCCCUUCAUCAGAGGCUGCAAAUUGAGUUCCAUUAUACAAAGAGCUUUAACACCGAGUUGGAAUCACGUCCAGAAGAACUGACUGCUAACAGCUUGGCGUUACCAUCGUCAGAGGCAGAGAAUGAAGGGCAUGUCUAAUAUCCUUUGUUUCAUACAUGAUUGCAAGUGGCUCAGUGGCUCUUCUUAUUAAUGCUUUCGGGUGACAAUGUAAAUGACUAUGGAAAUGUCACCAUGAGUAUAAUACUCUUUCUCUCAAAGAGGGGAGGGCAUAAAUAAAUAUAUGGUCUCUUUACUGCUCUUAACUUUUCAUUUGUCUA